CAGGGAGAGUCGCUGGCGCUCGCUUAGCAGCCCUCGCGAUCGUCGGGAUCCCCCAGCCGUCGGCCAGCUCGCAAUUCGCUUCAGUCAUGGGAAAGCAGAACAGCAAGCUGCGUCCAGAAAUGCUCCAAGACCUGCGGGAGAACACAGAAUUCUCUGAUCUGGAGCUCCAGGAGUGGUACAAGGGCUUCCUGAAAGACUGCCCCACGGGCAUCCUCAACGUGGAGGAAUUCAAGAAAAUCUAUGCCAACUUCUUCCCUUAUGGGGAUGCCUCCAAGUUCGCUGAGCACGUCUUCCGCACUUUUGACACCAAUGGUGACGGCACCAUCGACUUCCGAGAGUUCAUCAUCGCGCUGAGUGUCACCUCCCGGGGGAAACUGGAGCAGAAGCUGAUGUGGGCUUUCAGCAUGUAUGACCUGGAUGGCAAUGGCUACAUCAGCAGGGAAGAGAUGCUGGAGAUUGUCCAGGCUAUCUACAAAAUGGUCUCAUCGGUGAUGAAGAUGCCAGAUGACGAAUCCACCCCUGAGAAACGGACGGAAAAAAUCUUCCGACAGAUGGAUACCAAUAAUGAUGGCAAACUGUCCCUGGAGGAGUUCAUCAAAGGCGCCAAGAGCGACCCCUCCAUCGUGAGGCUGCUGCAGUGCGAUCCCAGCAGUGCCUCCCAGUUCUGAGCACCUCCCCACUGCCCAGGAGGCUCUGGACGAGUCCACCACCUCCCCAAACAGCACCCAACUUCACCGGGCGUCUCCGAGGAAGACACCAGCCUCCUCCCGUUCCUGCUUGGGACAUCGAAGCAAGGAGCACCUGUCGGUCUACCGAAUUUUCUUCUGACUCACAGAUAUUUUGUCCCUCCCCCCUCCCCGAACACUGUAGCUUGGUGUGAAUGUGACACGAUGUGGGGUGCAGCUGAGGGUGGGGGGUGGGGGCAAAGCCGGAGUCUGAGGACCAGCCAGUCUUCUGCCAGCACUCCGGGUUGGGGGUGGCCAAA